GUGUGGGUGUGUUAUUUUUUAAUUUGUGUGCGUGCGUGUCUGUGAGUGUCAGUGUUUGCCAGUAUGUCCCGGUGGGACGCAGCAUUGAUACUGAUGGCGCUGCUCGGAUGGAGCUCGCUACCCUCGACAGAGGGCUGUCCGGCGGAAGUGUGCGUGUGCAAAUGGAAGGGUGGCAAACAGACGGUCGAGUGUGGUGGACGAUUUCUGAACCGUCUGCCGGACGGUAUGGAUCCGGGCACACAGGUACUCAACUUCUCCGGUAACAGUCUAACGAUACUGCAAAGUGAACGGUUUCGCAAGAUGGAUCUGAUCAAUCUGCAAAAGAUCUAUCUGGCCCGCAACCAGAUCGUUAAGAUACAUGACCGUGCAUUCCGGGGGCUCACCAAUCUGGUUGAGCUCGAUCUUUCCGACAACACGCUGUCGGAGGUUCCGACAGAGACGUUUCAGGACUAUGCGGCCCUGAUGCGUCUCUCGCUGAGCGGCAACCCGAUACGGGCCCUGCGCUCCAACGCCUUCAAGCAGCUGUCGUACCUAACGACGCUCGAGCUGAGCAACUGUCAGAUUGAACUGGUCGAGGAUGAAGCGUUCAUCGGCAUGGACAACCUCGAGUGGUUACGACUCGACGGUAACCGCAUCACCACCAUCCGUGGUGCACACGUACUACCCGAGUCACUGCACGGCAUCAAUCUUCAAAGUAAUCGGUGGCAUUGCGACUGUCACCUAACGGACGUGUACACCUGGUUGAACAGCUUCAAUGUGCCACAGCGGGAGGAAAUCAAGUGUACCGGACCAUCGCGACUAGCAGGUGAAACGGUCAAGACACUCACGCUGGACGAUCUUGCAUGUUUGCCGGUGGUGACACCGGAGACUUCCUAUCGGGAAAUUGCGGAGGGUCGAAACAUCUCGCUCGACUGUCGGAUAGCGGCCAUUCCAGAACCUACGGUGGCAUGGCUGUUCCAGGGUCAGGUGCUGCUGAACGAUAGCUUACUAUCACCCAACCUACAUCUGUACUACUACGUAGACGACAUUGAUGGUGCGAAGCAUAGUGAAUUGUUCAUCUACAACAUCAACGCAGACGACAAUGGGACGUAUUCUUGUGUGGCGGAAAACUCCGCUGGUCGUGUGCAAACUAACUACACACUGCACGUGAUCGUAAAAGAGGAGCCCAUCGUCGAGCAAGUCACCUUCUCGGAAGAGUACUUCCUUGCGAUUGUGGCUGCCAGUGCAGCAACGGCUGUGCUUCUGUGUUUGCUCUGCUGCAUCGUUGCCUGCAAGUGUGCCCGUUCGCGACGUUCGUCAGCCGCUGGAAAGAAGAACCGCAGUUCCAAGGGUGCAUCCGACCAUGGGUCCGGCGCACCGAGCCAGCAAAAGUGUGCCUCGAUAACGAACGACAUCGGUGAACCAUUAACGGCAGCCAAAAUGAACGGUGCACUAGCGCUAGGUGAUGGUGGCAAUCCACAGGACAUUGUGCUCUACCUGAACGCGAAUCCAAACGGGCUUGACAAAGCAGCCCUCAACAAUAUGACAGCGAUGGCACAGUUCUGUAGUCCACCGUCGGCACGCAGCUAUCAGGAUCAGAACCCGGAUCUGAUCAAUGAUGCCGAGAGCGGUCAGCACAAAACGCGUCCACGGCCCGACGCGAUCGAUUCUGACCUUGGAGAGAAGGACUCGGAUGAGCAGAGUAGCGUUCAGGACGGUAGCAGUGAGGCCAGCUACCAACAACAGCAGCAAACGGGUCCGUACUAUCCUCCGAUGGUGCUGCGAGGCCCACGUUUCGCUUCAUCCGCAUUGUCAACUCUACCGCGCGGUGGAACGGCAGCUCUAGCAGGGAAAGAUCUUUCUGCUUACCAGCACCAGGUGGACAUUCAUCUGAGCCCCGGCUGCUUCCUCGACCAGAACGGAUAUCCGAUCGAUCUGAGCUUGAUGGCAGCACCGAGUGGGCCACCCGUCAACUACUACCGUACGUUACCGCACAAGAAACACCAGCAACAUCAUCAACAGCAGCAGCAACAGCAGCAGGGUCCGGGCAAGGCGAUCGCUCGGUACGCCAACGAUGCCGAGUUCAUAAACCGCACACAAUCACCAGCCGCCUAUCAGAUGUACGCCCCGACCGAUGUACGGUACACGGCCGAAGGCUACCCCCAGGGUCAACAGAAUGACCACACCCAGUUUCCUUCACCCCCCGACGGUUACAAGGGGGAAGUGCAUCCCGUGGCCUACAUGAGCUCAACGUCAGCGGCGGCAGCUGCGUUCUGCGUUGGGCCCACACCACCCCAACAGUGGCCCACCUUCCUGCCCGGGUUCCACCCGCAGCUUAUCCCCAUCAUGGCACCGGCCGGUGGUGCAUUGCUCGCUUCUCCCAUGAUGCCCUCACCCGGUGGUCCUCCGCAGCAAGCGCAACAGCAACAGCAGCUAGGCAGUCCACAAACCCAACCCGGAAGUGCGCUCAAGAAAUGUUCCGUCGGGGCGCAGACAUCCGAGCUAGACAAGGACGUCAUACCGGAGCAACGUGAAGAGGAGGAGGAAGAGGAAGAAGAUCACGAGAAUGGUGGCAGUGCAGUGAAGCUAAGGCAUCUUACUGGCCCGUUAGCGGACAGUCCGGACGAGGGUUACGUUGGGGACAGUCACGAAACGAGCGACAUUUGACAGCAACCCAAACUGGAUCCGGGGAUACAUCAUCACCAGCUGCAUCGGCACCAACAACACCACCAACACCACCAACUCGAGUCGGAUGAUGUGCCGUUAUAAGACUAGUGAGAUGCGUUAAAUCUUUCCGGUUUGUGUUUUGUAUAUUUGUAG